AUGGUCUUGUACAUGCACGAGAACAUCACGGCCCGGAACUUCGGCGACUUGGGACCCUCGAUCAACGACUCGGCCGUGGCGUUGAUGCUUGAAGCGAUCGCCGAGGUCGGGUCUUCCCGAGCAGGUGGGGAAGUCGACGAAAAUCGUCCUGUUGUUGAUGAAGCAUUGGCGGGACCGAGACCACCUAUCGGAGGCGUGCUCGAGGCAUUGGCAGCGUGGGCGGCUUUGGUCGCGCGUUCCAUCAAGGCGCGAUACGCGGCGAUGAUGAACUGGCCAGGAUGUUCAUUCACGAUCGAGGAGAGCAAUGCGACCAGUUCCCGUCGGACCAGAGGUGAUCCGUCGGUCGAGCUCUUGAGCGUGGCCAUCGCGACGCCCAACUCGAUGUCACUCGCCUCCUCAGGUGAUAGGCCACACGCCGGCCCCGUAGCAGCGAUUGAACGCCCAAACUUCUUGUUCGGAUCACUCGACCCCGUCGUCCCCAACAACGUCCCCAAUGCGUACAGCACCGACGCUCUGACUUCCGGGAUAGGGUCGUUGUUCAACAAGCUGCAGAAGAGCUCGUGCACCCGAGUCCGUACCCCAAGGCCCUUGGCUUCCUCAAAGUCGUCCCAAAUCUGA